AUGGAAAGUUCCAAGCGUAAGGUGAGCCCCGCCAUGCUGGCUUCUCCUAGCUCGACUUCCGAACGUUGGCGGGUGUCAACGGCUCUCAAAGCAGCCAACAAAUACAAGCUGCAGUAUCCUUCCUUCACAGUAGUUAUCCGGUCACAAAAUCUAUUGAAGCAUGAUGUGACUGUCCCAGGCGAUUUUCUAAAGGGAGGCAUCAAUGAAAGCAUGCAAACCACAACUCUUAAAUAUUCAGAUAGAUCAUGGCCGGUGAAGCUCCUGUACUACCCACAACAUGGCGCAGGAAAGCUCUCAGCCGGUUUUGGUGCGUUUCAGAGAGGAACAUCUCUAAAGGAAGGAGAUGUCUGUGUGUUCGAGCUUGCUAGAACUGAUACUAUUGAACUCAAUGUCUCCAUUUUCAGAAAGAAUGUCGAGACUUAG